AUGUUAAAGAAGAUUUCAAAACGGCUAUAUUUAUGCUUCAGAUUAUUGAAGUUGAGAUUUUCUAAAAGUUUAAUAGAAAAUACAAUUAAUAUUAAUCUGUAUAUCCAUCUGUUUGCUUUGAUAGGCUCUGCACACCCAGCACCCUCUCCCUAUGGCCCCGCCCCCCAUCCCAGUGGCUUCCUGCCUCCAGGCCAUUUGGCAGAUCCUUUCAGUCGCUCCAGUUCCUUUGGCGGCCUCGGCAACCUUUCAACCAGUGCCUUCGGAGGAUUAGGCAACCCCUCGCUUGGGUCCAAUAGUGUGUUUGGUUCCAAAGAAGGGCCAGGAGGACUGCCCACUUUUGGCAGCCCCCACCAUGACACCUGGAACAGGCUUCGUCGCACACCGCCAUCUUUCCCCACCCCUCCACAGUGGCCCAAAGCUGGAGAGGCUGAGCGAAGUAGCUCGGCUAACAGCCAUGACCGAGAGCGGGACAGAGAGCGAGAGAGGGACCGAGAGAAAAGAGACUCAUCCAUCGGCAAAGAAGAGAAGGAUAAGGACAGGGAUUCUGUGGAUCGAAACCGCCACUCAAAUCGGUCUUCACCUGCCUCAGCGCCAGUCAGCUACCAGAUCAGCAGCCUGAUCCGCUCCAACAGCCAGAACUCCAGCGAUUCAGGUCGGCAUCACAGCGGCAGCGUAGACCGGGUCCGUGAGGCAGAGAAAGAACUACUAGAACGACAGAGGGAGUCUUCUCUGGGGGAUGUAAAGGUAAAGGAGAGCCGCUCACCAGGGAAGGAGAUGCUGGAGAGACGGGCCUCCGAGGACUCGAUCAAAGCCCCUCAGCGCUCUCCUUCUCCUUACUCCAAGGCCAUGAUCAAUGAACAAAGCAUGAAGAUGGCCGGUGGACUUCCGUCUGCAAUCAAGGACAGUGAGAGGAAGGAGCCCACGUCUGCCGAGCUCCUCCACAAAGUGAAAAAUGACAUGAAGAUUAAGGAGGAGAGGAAGGAAGAGCAGGAGGUCAUGGUGGUAAGUUCAGAGCCAGCGCCCCAACCGGCAGCCCAGGUCCUCCCGUCACCUGUCAGCCAACCAGGAAACCCUCACCACCACCACCCACCUCUGUCGCAGCAGCCUCAUCUUCCUUCCCCCCGCGGAAGUGAUAUCCCAGCACCAGGCCUGCACGGCGUCCCUAUGUCGCACUCUCUUCCUCUCUCCAUGAGCGCCAUGCCUCAAAUGGGCAGCCUCAACGUACUGGACAGAGCUCGCAUGGCUCCCUUCAUGGGAGUGAGUCCACUGGCAGGACGAGAGCGCCUGCCACACACGGCGUUCCCCUGGGACCCGCUCAGAGAGGCCUACCGCAGCCUGGACCUGCAGCGGCGCAUGGACUUCCAGCUCAGGGCCGAGCAGGGACACCGCUUCCCCAGCGUUUACGAGCAGGAGCGCGCCUACCGCGAGAGGGAGGCUCACGACUACUCUCACCAUGAGCAUCUGUUGGAGGUUCGCAGGGAGCACGAGAGGAUGCGACAACAGGCAGAGGAGCGAGAACGCCUCCACUUGAGGGAGGAGCUGGACAGAGCACGCCUCCAUCAGCUGCACCAGUCCCCAAUGGAGGGGCACCUCCCCCACAUGCCCCCCUUUAUGUCCCACUUAGGUGGCAUGCCAUACCCCAGACUCAGCCCGUCUACAGGACACAACGGACCCCUAAACAGAACACCGCCUACCGCCUCACUAAGUGCACCCCCGCCUCUUGUGCCGGCUGGCAGCGCCAGGUCCGCCUCGCCCAGGAGGACUACCCCCCUCACCACCCAGGACCCGAGGGACUAUUCCCCAUCUCGCAACCCCAAAGAAGUCGAGGCUCGGUAGCUUCCGGAAACUCACAAACUUCACUUCUCUUGAGUGGGAAAUAACAAGAAGCGCCAACCCCCCCUAAGGGAAAGGGUAUGAUUGUACAAAGUAAAGGUGCAUAAGGCUAACCAAGCACAUGCCAUGGCUAUUUUUUAGUAGACUGGAUGUUCAAUAACGUCGGUAAAGAAAACACAGAUACGUGUGAGUUUGUUUUCCGACUUAAAUAUUUGAUAAUUAUUAAUAUAUUAAUCCAAUACCUUAUUUCUGCUUUGUGCUGAAAGGAAAGGUCCUAGAGAAGUUUGUACAUUUCCUACCCUUGUUCCAUGUAUAGAUAUGAUUUCUAUGAAUUUUAUGUAUUUUGUGCAUUCGUCCUGCCUUUUACAAUAUUUAUCCCAGUCUAUUGUGAGACAUAUCCUUUCUGAUGAUGUAAAGACUUGACUUAUGAUUCAACCAUCAGUAAUUUGACCUCAUAGUACCUGGAUAUCCUCAAUGAUGUACAUUGCUACAUUAUCGACUUAAUUUGUUCAUUUGGUUUGCCUUUGAGAUAUGCAGAUAAAUACAUUCACACGCACAUAUGUGUGUGUGAUUCUAUAUAUACUGUUUGUUCAGUCUCUGUAAAAAAAAAAAAAAUAACUGAUGUAAAUAACCUGUUGAUAUUCUUUGCUGCAAGAUUGCAUUGUAAAUUUAUUAGUCUUUUUAACCAUUUUUAGAAAAAUGAAAUGAAAUCAAAUAACGCGGAGUCACCUGCCUGUCCAAAAUGGUGUCAAACAACCGACGAAAUGGAUUGGAAUUUUGCGGGGAGGGUGUUGUACGGAAGCCUGGAUGGAUCGUCUGCAAUCUAUGCAAAGCAGCACACAGCACCCUAACAGAAGAAAUCUACUGGAACAAGCUGACAAUACUGGAGAAGAUGAGAGAAACUUUUGAUUUAGCACAUUGUUCAUAUGUACCAAUGAAAUCAUCGGGAUGAUUAAAAAGACUUCCAAGUCUGAAAACGGACCAGGUCCGUGCAGAAAAUAAGGACGCUGUUUCGGUGGUCAUCUACGGGACUUUAUCUGUCAACCUUGUGGUGUUGUGCAGUUGUUUUUCUUAGACUCUUGUAUACAAAAAAACAGUAGAGUUUUAGGCGUGGAAA